GUGAUCUUUUUGCAUGAAAUAAUGCAUAUGAAAUAAACUGAGGUGUCAAGGUCGUUUCUAUAGAUAUUUAAACAGAUGAAGACAUAAUGGAAGAUAUAUAUUUAGAAUAAAGGACUGUAAAAUCAUGGCUGGCUGGCACAGUCUCUCAGGAUAUUUACAGUACAAGUCAGGAUCCAAUGCAUUUGGUAGACUGAUCACACGGAGGAAAUAUUGGUGUAUACUUGAGGAGAGUAAGUGCCAACUUCUCCUCUACCGCAGUGAGGAUGAUGUACACAAACAACACGGGCCGUCGGAUCAGAUCGGCAUGGAAGGUGCCGCCAUCUCCCUCGAUCUGGAGCAUCAAAAUCAAUUUGUUAUCAUUAGUGAGAAGAAAGAGCAUGUGUUUACAGCAGAGAACCAUGAAUCUAUGAUGAUCUGGUUGCUAGGGUUACAAGCUAAGAGAGACCUUCACUCACAGAAACCAUUACCUACACAAUCAACAACUGAUGACAAAUAUAUACAUAGUCCUUUGGAUGAGGAUUAUGAAAGCUGGUUAAGUAAACCAUCGCUGUACAUGACAUACGAUCGACAUCAUGAAGAUUUACGUCACUCAGCUAAAUGUAGGUCAUCGGUCGGUUCCCCGCGUAAAGUUUUUCAAUGGGAAAAAUACAGCAGUCACAAAACUGGAGAAUCUGUUGACUCUGGAAUGUUGGCCUAUAAGAAAAAUGAAGUGGACAAAAAUAGUAACAACAGGUCAAGGUCCUUGCCACCACUAAUUGAAGGAUUGGAAGCAUCUCGCAGUUUUCCAUUAAAUAAUUUUUGUGGACGAGACCUUAGACAUAGCAAACAGUUGGCGAUGUCUCAUUCCUUACAUUCCAUUGAAAGUGACAGUGAUGAUGUGUUUGGCCGUGAGAUUGAAUUCCAUCGUCAAAAGGGGCGGGUUUUAAGUCGUAAUUGGCAGAAACUUCAGCACGCAGUAUUAGGUCACGUGAUUCAGUCUCGUAGAUAUCCCUCUGCCACAUCUAGUGCGGACAGACGCAGUGCUAGUUCACGUUCUGCCUCAAGUGACUCGGCCAUUGAAAGAGGGGAGGGAACUCCGCAGGAACUAAUAUCUCGUCUUGGAGAACUUGAACGAGAGUUAAUUUCUACAAAAUGUGAACUUGCCAAGGUUAUGAACAGACAGACAAGUUAUCAAGAACUUCUUCUACAGAAAGAUGAUACAAUAAAAUAUUUGGAGGAACAGAACAGUGACGGUUUGAAAGAAGAGAAGAAAAAUAGAUCACCCGCGAAGCUAAAGAAGGCAGAUAAGGAAUUUCAAGAGAAGAUUCGAGUGUUACAGAAUCAGAACAGGUUCCUUAACGAAGAAGUUAAAAAACUCGCAAAACUUCGACUGAAGGAACAAGGUCAUUAUCAGGAACAAAACAUGAAAUUACAGCAUUUAGAAGCAGAGAUAGACAAAUGGAAGAUGGAUUAUGUGAGCUUGAUACAGUCUAGUAUACGUUUCCCUGGUGACGAGGGUGUAGAAGAUGUCGAGUUGUGCCUGUAUGGAGGUGAUAAGCAUAAAAAGAGAGUUCAAGUACUACUAGAAGAAGCAAGAAAGAUAAAUCCACGGUUACCAACAUAUGAAAGUUUGGCUAACAAUGAGGUACAUGUGGACGUGUAUGGUUUCAAGCACGUGUACACAAACACGGGGCUCUUGUUACAUUACCUGUGUACAGAGUUGACGUACCACUAUCUGGUGCAGGCAGGCGUCUACGAGGAUCACCAGAAACGAUGGACCAUGUUUAUGAGACAACAUGGCAAAGAUCCAGUCUCUUGUUUGACAGAGUUAAAGCCCUUGUGUCGUGGAGGCAUACCAGAUAGAUUUCGUAAACAGAUGUGGCGUCAACUUGUACAAUACAGGAUUAGAAUAAUGUUAAAGGACAAGGGAGACCACUAUUACAGGAAUAUUUGUAACAUGCUUCCAGAGUCGCCUCUGGCAGCAUGUUAUAGAAAGCAAGUGUCCCUAGAUUUAAUGAGAACUAUGCCGUCUAAUAUAAAGUUUUCAACACAAGGCAGCAAAGGGAUAAUGGAUUUACAAGAUGUAUUACUGGCAUUCUGUGUACACAAUCCAACCAUCGGUUACUGUCAGGGUAUGAACUUCAUAGUUGGUAUGUCCCUCAUCUUUAUGGAACCAGAGGAUGCUUUCUGGACAUUGGUUGCCAUUGCAGAGAGCUACUUCUCUCCACACUACUUUGAUCACAGUCUGAUCGGGGCCCAGUCUGAUCAGCAAGUCCUUAAAGACAUGGUGAAAGACAAAUUACCUGCCCUUUACCAUCAUUUAGAGGGAAUUGAUAUAGAGUUGUCCACCAUUACACUUAACUGGUUCCUUGCUGUGUUCUUUGAUGCUGUCCCAUUUCAGACUCUGUUAAGGAUAUGGGACUGUUUUCUGUUGGAAGGUCCAAAAGUUUUAUUUCGAUUUUCUCUCGCUAUAUUAAAACUUCACGAGAAGGACAUUCUGCAGAAGACGGACACGAUGGGGAUCAUGAAACACCUCAAAGCCUGCGCGAAACUGACGUAUGAUGUAGAGGGAUUGGUUAAGCUGGCUUUUGAAGGACUGAAACCGUUUCCAAAGCGUAAAGAUAUUAUCUCAAAACAGACGUGUUAUCUGAAUGCAUUGAAGGAGAAAUAUAAGAAGAAAGAAUUACAGAGACUGGCCUUUGCUGAGAGAGAACAACUUUAUAUGAACAUGGAGACAGAGUGUGGACCUUUUCUUGGCAUAGAAUGUGCAGUCGCCUCCCUUGAAGGGAAGGUUUGGUUUUGUUAUGGUGACCAGCAAGUUGGAAGAUUGUCAUAUGUUUCCUGUGAUACUGGAACUAUGUGUAACACAGAUUUUAAGCUUGAUUCCCGGCUAAUGUGUAUGUAUUUCAUGGGCCAAGAUGAAUUGUUGUUGGGAACCAUCUCCUGGAUGCUAGUGUCUGUCGACAUACAUAAACAUGAACAGAUCUGGCAGAUACAACUCCACGACGCUAUAUUGUCUGUGUGUUGCUAUGACGAUGAGGACGUCAUGGCAACAAGAAUUUUCUCCGGAUUGGCCGAUGGUACGAUAGCUGUAUCCGAGAAACCAUUUGACAGAACGGAGCCUAAUGUAGAUGUUAUGUAUGUUGCGAUUGGUCAAGCUCCUGUCACAUGUCUCAUGUUGCUAGGAGACCAAAUAUGGUGUGCAAGUGGGAACACUGUAGCUGUUAUACAUGCAAAAACAUUGGAUGCCAUGGACACAUUUUCAGUGUCUGUAAAUCCCUACGAUCAUAUUUUAUCAUUGAUACCCAGCGAGUACGGGAUCUGGGUAUCUUUACGAGGCUCCUCCAUCCUCGAGCUCUGGGAUCCUCGAACGCUCAACUGUCGUAUGCUGUAUGACACACGGACAGACAGAUAUCCCCAACUCCGAAAGGAGGAUGAUACAUAUUUCAAUCGAGCGCGCAUCACCUCUAUGUUAGCCAAUGGGAGCAAAGUGUGGGUAGGAACAGGGGAGGGAAAUCUGAUGGUUUACGAGAUAUUAGAGUCAGCACAGUUAAAAACUCCAACAGAGUUAUCUCCCUCGGUAGAAACGUCUUCUAGUUUGUCGUACAUCGUAAGACCGGAAAAACAGAAAGAUUUACAUGGCAAUGAAUUGGCGUCAAAGUUGAGGAAAGUUUACCAUUUAGAUAAUGUAGAAUAUUCCGACGAUGGCAGGAAGUCAGAAAAAGGAAUAGCAAGACCAAGCCGUGGUAAUUUAAAUGAAGAGAAAACAACAGCUGUAGAUAAAACCUUACCAGCUGCUGUGGGAAAGAAAAGAAGCCAUUAUAAACAUUUAGGGCGACGGAGAAGCUCGUCUGAAAAUGACCUUGAUAUUCUAUGUUUAACACGUUAUCAGGAAGACGCAGACAAGUUGAAGACCAUAAAUGUUCGACAUAAUUCAGAGAUGAAUUUAGAACUGUUAGAAAAGGAACGUCACAUAAGUUCAUGUGAUUCAGACGUAUUACUGGAUCACGUUCUUGAAGACGAGAUAGAGCAGGAAUUAGAGGCAAAUGCACGUCGCGAAAGCGUGAAAUUGUUAAACGAGGGUGACAUUGUUGAAUUUGUGAAAAACAAAAUAAUAGAGAGGAGAUUAAGCGACAAGGCGUGUAAAGUGAAAGAAGCAAAAGAUGUGAUAUCAGACACAAGUUUGAGUGAUGACUCUGCGGGGACAAAAGCCUUAUCGAAGAAGAUAAGAAACAGUAUCUCUUCACAGCAAUCAGACGGGACUAAAAAUGGCAGCUGUAGUUCUCGGACGGCAAGGUGUGAUAGUGUAGAAGACGAGUUUGAAGCCAAGCUAGAGGCUCGAGCCAGAAGAGAAAGUAUCGUAAAUACUGACAUUGAACAAAAAGCCUUGAAGAUCCUUGAAAGUAAGAUUGGUAAAGCUGAUACAGAGGUUACACAAAAUGGUGAUACACUUCAUGACGGUGAAAUUGUGAAGAUUUAUCUUGAUGCGGUAAAAGAUCAUAUACAUGAGGAAAGACUGGAAAAAUUGGCAAGAAGAAAUAGUUUACUAGGAAUAGAUGAUGAUCACUAUGAUGAUAAUUAUGUAUCAAGCAGUCCGUCAAUGUCUGUUACGCCAGUUUAUACGCCUAAUGGUUUAUUCCAACCAGACACUUCAAAUAUGUUUCCAUCACCUACCAAUGAGGAAAAGAAAGACGGUCAAGAGAAACAAACAAAAACCACAGCUUUAGGCAUGUCCAUUGACAGUACUGAGGAAAACGUUGUUGUUGAUAACGUAUUGAUGGAAUCUGUGGAUGAAACUUUUGAACCAGUUGAAAACAAUGAAGCUGUUCCACUAGAUGGAGAUGUACUUGGCAGAAGGAGGAGGUCUAGUGUAAUUGAGGAUAUCAGUAUAUUAUGUUCAGACUGCAGAGCUAUGAAACAGAAAUGUCGGGAGUGUGCAAAGUUACUGAAGAGUCAGGAGUCAUUGAGAAGGUUGUCCAGGACCGAAUCGGCCGAUAGCGGUUUAGUCGGAAGUUUCACUAGCGAGAAAAGGUCAGUGACGAAAAAGGUUGGAAAACUUAAUGGUAUAAGAGACCUUAGUCAAGAAAGUAGUACUGCCGAAUGGUUAAAUCAUAAUGGUGACGUAACCGGAGAUAAUACUAGUCAUGAAAAACUGUGCAAUAUGAACGAGGUAGCGGAAAAAAAUGAUGUGUGUACGGACUCUAUAAGAGAGAAAAACAAGCAAUGUUGUGAUAUGAGUAACGAGGGAGAGCAGUGUAAUGGUGAUUUAAAUGAUUGUUAUGGGGACGUUACUAGUCCACAGGUGAAAGUGUUUCCAAGUGGGAAGUCGGAUAAAAGGGACUUUACGCGGCAGGAGAAAGUGGGAUAUUGGCUGCAUUCAUUGUCACAAACAAAGAGGAUGGAUAAUGAUGGGAUAAGGUCAGAUAGUCAAGAGGAAGAAGCGAAUAGGCUCAAGCUUGAUGCUGGGAACAAGGAACGGCAUGCCACUGAAUGUAAACAAGCUGGGAAGUAUGACAAAGAGAACAUUUCAGAGGUUAAUACAGGGAGCAGGUCAUCCUGUGAAAAUUACAGAAAAUCUUCCAAAGGAUCUGUGGGAGAUGAAGAAGUGUUUUUCAGUGCCGACGAAUCACCGAAACAUGUUGCAGGAAAAAGUAGUCCCGAGAGACCAAUGUCUUUGAACCUGUUGCGGAAGGUUACUACAGGAAUCCGGGGCAGUAAUAAGACACAGAAUGUAGGGCCAUCUGAAAGGUUGGCGUCUGGUGGGUCUGAAGAUAGUUCAGGAAAAACACGUCCGUCUGUGUCUGAAAUUCAUGUCAAUAAACAUGACCCAGAUGCCCAGUAUAGACUUGAUUUCACAAGUGUACAUGUUGAUACAGAUGUGGAGUCAGAGAGCAACGCACCAAACAUAUUUGUGUUAGGCGAGGACAGCCUUGAGAAACGUGCGCGACUUGGCAGUGGAGACUCGCGUAAACAAUCUCUUGACCUAGGUUCCAUCCAAGAAAACUGUACGUGGCUAGAGUCAGUCGGCAAACAGUCUGAAAACGAUGAAAAGUCUAUCGCGUCUUCAGGUUUGAAAACAGAGAGACAGAAAAUUUUCGAGUUUCUAAAAACUCCAAGUUUGGCAAGCCGGCACGCUUCACUCGGCUUGAAAAUAAUUGAAGAUGAUUUGGAAUGGACAGAUUUGUUUAGUGGUCACUGUACGACACCUUCUCCUACAAGCACUACAGAUCAACGCCUUGCCGAUUUUCUACGCACACCUAGCAUGAGCAGCAAGCCAAGCUCCCUCUGGUCAAGUUACGAGAACAUUUCUACACCAUCUCACGUUGACGACUCCAAGUUCCUCCGACCAAUGCCUGUACAUAGAGGUAGACUGAGUCAUAGUCCAAGUACUGCGUCUAUGGGUUAG